CUCUUAUGCCGAUCUGCCUAGCCCAAAAUCCAUUCGAAGAAUUGAACUCAACUUGAACUAUAAACUUACUCUUCCAAGUUCUGAAUCGAGGCAUCCUAUUCACCAUGAGUCUUCCAACUUUGAAUCAAUACCACAAGAAACCCUAUCAGGCAAUUGACCCUUCUCUCCCUGCACUCCAGCAGACAGGUAGAGCAGUCAUUGUCACAGGAGGAAAUAGCGGUAUCGGGUAUGCUAUCGCUCGCGGAUUCGUCAAAGCGAACGCUGCCCGUGUCAUUAUCCUUGGACGCCGCACGGAUGUAGUCACAUCAGCAGCUGCCAAACUUCAAGCAGAGGGACGUCAGUUUGGCAGUGGAACAGAGGUGCAGGGCCGCACUUGUGAUAUCUCUGACCUGACAUCCACUGCACAUCUUUGGAACGCACUUGAAUCAGAGAAGAUCGCUGUUGAUGUCUUGGUUUUGAGCGCUGCUAGCUAUGGUGCUACUGAGACGAUUCUUGAUGGAGGUUUGUCCAAGGUCUGGGGUGACUUUGAGUCCAAUGUUCGAAGUACCCUCGAUAUGACGGAACGAUUCUACAAACAAAAGACAGCAGGCCCAGGCCUAACCAAGUUUCUUGUAAACAUCUCAAGUUGCGCGGCUUACAUGUGGUCAACCAUGGGUCCUGACCGCCCGACAUAUGGCUUGACCAAGAAUGCCAGCACUCUUCUCCUACAGCAGAUCGCGCAGGAUACCAAACCCACUGAUAUGCAGAUUGUCAGUUUCCAUCCAGGUGGUGUUUUGACAGACUCUGCCAAGAGGGUUGGUGGUGAUAACCUGAAAGGUCUUGUCUUUGACGACGAGAACCUUCCAGGCCACUUUUCCGUCUGGGCAGCUACACCUGAAGCUAGCUUUCUUCAUGGCCGCUUCGUCUGGGCCAACUGGGAUGUUGAUGAAUUGAAGAGCGGUCCUGUCCGUGAACAGAUAGACUCUGAUGAGCACUUUCUUAAGGUUGGCGUGGAGGGACUCUCCGAGAAGAUGGGAGGUAUGGUCAUGACCUAG